AUGACGCUGCCACUCCCCGAGGUCAAGUCUCUUGCAGACUGUGUCUCGUUCAACCAUGCUGUGCGGCCAUUCCUGUCGCAAGUUGUUGCGCUCCCAGGACAUCUUCAGCCGGCAGUUGUGACGAAGGAUGUGAACGCUCUAAAAGACAUCUAUCUCUCGACCAACCCCUUUGCGAGUGCGCUUGCCUUUACGCUCUUCACUUCCGUCCUAUUUAUCAUCUUCUCCGAGAUCAACCGCAACUACUCUCAAGUCGAUCGCUUCUGGUCUAUCCUACCAUCGGUGUUCAAUGUUCACUUCGCUGUCUGGGCACGUCUUUCCGGCCUGCGCACUCUUAACUUGGAUACGAUCGCUGCUAUCUCCGUCAUCUGGACCGUGCGCUUGACCUUCAACUACUGGCGUAGAGGCGGAUACAGCAUUGGUUCAGAAGACUACCGCUGGUCUAUCGUACGCUCUCGUGUCAACAACCGCUUCGUCUUCUUCCUCUUCAACAUCACUUUCAUCAGCGUGAUCCAGCCGCUCCUGCUUCUUCUCCUUACAGCCCCAACCUACAACUUCCUCCUCCUCGCGCGUCUCCCCGGCGGCGAAUCCUUCGAGCUCCCCGACCUGAUCUUUUCCCGGGUCGCUUUUGUCUUCAUCAUCAUCGAGUUCUUCGCCGACCAGCAGCAAUGGAAGUUCCAGAACGCCAAGCACGAAUACAACAGCUCCGCCCGCAUCCCCGCCAACCUCAAGGACCAGUAUGAUCCCGAAGACCUGGAACGCGGCUUCGCUGUCAGUGGACUAUGGUCGCUUUCCCGCCACCCCAAUUUCGCCGCUGAACAGGCCAUCUGGCUCACUCUUUACCUGUGGAACGCCUACCGAACUGAGCAAUAUGUCCAGUGGACGGCCCUGGGAAUCAUUGGUCUCAUGGCCAUCUUCCAGGGAAGCGUCCGUCUCACUGAGGAAAUCAGCGCCGGCAAGUACCCCGAGUACCAGGAAUACCAGGCCCGCGUUGGAAGAUUCAUUCCUCGCCUGUCCGUCGCGCCUAGGUACAAGGGUAAGAAGAACAAGAAGAAGGCUGUGCAGGACAAGAAGGAGGAAUAG